AUGGCCGUGGGCGAUCAUCAGCGAGGGAUGCCCCCAGUUGUCUCGGAAAGAACAUCUUCAAAUAGACCGAACCCAGCAAUGGCGGCUGCAUCUUCGGCAGCAAAUCGUAGCUCGAGUUCUAGACGGGGUGAAAACACGAACGAGCAGAGGGCGAGAGAUUCUCCACGUCGGGCACAGUCACAAGAGGACCAAUACUUUGAGAGGAGGAAUAUACAAACCAAUGGGACGGGAAAUGAGGAUGCUGCCACAGCGGCAACCCGUGCCAGACGUAGAGCUCAACAAUCACCUGAAGCUAUACCACACAGGCCGAAUGGAACUCGGGAACAGAGACCUGGUCAAUCCUCUAAUACACAAAAUAGAUCACAUCCAGCGGGUACGGAUUCGCCCGCAGGUCUAUCCCAUGAGGCUAGCGAGGUAUUAAAUCGUGUGUUGGUUACCGAUCCCAAGGUGGAUUUGGGUCGUGAGAGGGAGCGUAUGGCGGAGGCUGCACCCAAUGCCACUCUAGCCCCUCCGGUGAUGGGAGAGGCUCCUCGGCAGCAGAGAUCACGUCACGAUCACACAGCAAAUUCCGGAAAAAGAGAAAAGCACAGUAAAUUUGGAGAGUAUUAUCUGGGCAACACGCUUGGUGAGGGAGAAUUUGGUAAAGUGAAAAUGGGCUGGAAAUCAGAAGGUGGUGUUCAAGUUGCCAUCAAGCUCAUUCGCCGCGACAGUGUAGGAACAAAUCCCACGAGGCUUGCAAAGAUAUAUCGAGAAAUCGCUAUUCUUCGAGAAAUAUCACACCCGAAUAUCGUUCAAUUGCAUGAAAUGGUUGAGACAGAAAGGCAAAUUGGAAUUAUUCUGGAAUAUGCUUCAGGGGGUGAACUCUUUGACUACAUUCUCAACCACCGCUACCUCAAGGAUAAUGCGGCUCGUCGCCUCUUCGCCCAAUUGGUUUCCGGUGUUGGAUAUUUGCACAAGAAAGGAAUUGUCCACCGAGAUUUGAAGCUCGAGAACCUCCUACUCGACCGGAACCGCAACAUUAUCAUUACAGAUUUUGGUUUUGCAAACACUUUUAAUCCCGACGAUGAGCUCGGAGAUGAGAUCGAAUACAAUCUAUCUAGCCGUGACUAUGUCAAGCGUAUGGAAUUGGAUAAGAUUUUGCCUGGCGGUUCGCGGAGAGGUGAUUUGAUGCAAACAAGUUGUGGAAGUCCGUGUUAUGCAGCUCCAGAAUUAGUCGUGAGUGAUUCGCUGUACACUGGCCGCAAGGUCGAUGUAUGGAGCUGCGGGGUAAUAUUGUAUGCAAUGCUUGCAGGAUAUCUACCUUUUGAUGAUGACCCAGCCAAUCCCGAAGGCGACAACAUUAAUCUCCUUUAUAAGUACAUAGUUUCAACACCACUUACAUUUCCCGAAUAUGUCACACCGCAUGCUCGAGACCUUCUCCGCCGUAUUCUUGUUCCAGACCCACGCAAACGUGCAGAUUUAUUCGAGGUUGCCCGACAUAGUUGGUUAAGCGAAUAUGCACAUGUUGUUGGCUUUAUUACUAGUAGCACCACAACUACUGUGGAGAUUGCAAACACCACAGUUCCUUCUGAUGAACCGCAGGAGGCUCCGCUACUCGCUAGAAGUGCUUCAGUUCGGGAACCCAAACCGCAAAAGGCACCAGCGGCUGUUGGUGACCUUAGUCGGAAACAUGGGCAUGUGGACCAAGAUGGAGAAGAGGCACCUGGCAAAACUUCGAAAGAUAACAAGAGAAGAACUGUUCAAGUCGAAUAUGUGGCUCCAAGAUCGCAGACACAAAGAGGCGAGCCUUCUACUAACCCAUCCGGUACUCAAUCUGGUUCGAGAACGCGCGCUCGUGCUGGUAGUCAAGGUCCAGUCGAAAUUUCUGGAGCUGCUCAGGCUGCGAGAAGAAAUGUGCCCGCAGGAGAAAAGCCGUUAUCUCAGGAUCCUUCAUUGACAAGAGAUGCUCAAUAUGCAACGUCGGCAAGAAGACCGGGAAGCUCACAGCGACAACAAGGUAUGCCUCCACCUGCUCGAACUACUCGAGAACAUGGCGCAACAUCAGAAAUUAAUCAUAUGGCUCCAGUUACUGGUCAACCCUCUAUCGCAAGGCCAAAUACCGGUGGUUCCAUGACUUCUAAUAGGUCUGGAUCUAUGGGUUUCCCGACACGCGGCUCGUACAGCCAACCUGUGGCGCCAACCGUCGCUGGAACUAAUGCUCAUGGCCGUAUGUCUCAACCUCAACCAAAGAGUUCGAGGAAUUACAACAUAUCCCCUCCUAUGGUGCAAGGCGAACAAACCUUCGAAUACCCUGCACAAGCAACUACCCAACCAAUAGCUCCUAAAUUCGCCAAGGUUGCUGGCCUUCCGGCGGCAGCUGGGAGUGUACCAUCUGAUGCUAGCAAAACUCACAAGAGAUCAAACACAAUCGGUGGCAUAUUUAGCAGAACAAAUUCACUGUUCGGCGGUAAAUCACACUCAGAAAAAUCUUCAGAGAAACCGAAGAAGUCAUACCCACCAGUCAGCAUGUCAAAUGCCAAUAUCACAAAUGCCGAUGAUUCGAGGCAGUCGAUGGACUCUAGACGCUCUAUUUCUUUUGGUUUUGGCAAGAAGAGAAGCGGAAGUAUAACUGGGCGAUCUCAAACCGGUUCCCAAGAGAAGGCAUCAAGAAGAUUUUCCCUUCUUCCGGCAUCAUUCUCUCUCAAAUCUAUUGGCAUUGGUAAAGAUCCGGGUACUCCGCCCGCUAGUACUCCGACCGAUGGCCAUUAUGAGCAAUUCCCUGAAACGCAAGGUAAUCAUCUUGAUGCUCCGCAGGACAAUAGGGAAGCAAGAAAUCUCAGCGGAGGUACCGCUGAUUAUCAGCAUGUUGAUGGGUCUUAUGCCGCUAACCCUGCCCAACAAGAGAGACAACGUUUUGCUCAACCACAACAACAAAAUCCGGAUUCUAGGUUGGUUGGUCCACCAGAAUUCUUGCCACCCAUAAACUACCGCCAAGAUGAAUCGGCAUUAACGACUGAUUCUGAAUCUUCAUUCGGCCAAACUCGACGCGGGCCUUAUCCAAAUGAGAAUAAUGCCUCGUACGAAGACUCUCGACGACCAGGAGGACGCAAUGCUAGAGGCGUAUUACAGAAGAACAACCGGAAGUUUGCCGAUGCUUAUGAUCAAGAGCACGCACACAAUGACCAUGGAGGUAGUAGUGGUGCAGCUAGAAAGGUCAUGGACUUCUUCCGAAGACGUGGAAAGGCUCGUGGAGAGUGA